UUUAAUCAAAGAUGGCUUCAGCUGACAAGAAUGUAGUAGGGUUACUGAAUGGAUUGGCACGAAGAGAAUAUUUCGGAGAAUCGGAAAUCACAGACGACUUUCUGCAUCAAGAGCUCUUCCCUGAUCUAGGAAGGGAGCAAUUUGAUGCAAUGCUGUCAAGAUACGACAAUUUAAUGCGAAAUAUCGUAUCCGCGGACAUGGAUUUCAAUCAACUCGAAGCUUUUCUGACAUCUCAGACGAAACGAAAACAAGGCUCGCUAACCCAGGAACAGGCUGCAGCGUUUUUGAAGUUCUGGAAAUCUCAAAAGGUGAAAAUCCACGAUGUCUUAGUCCAGAGAUCGUCUUGGAAUAACAGAUUGAAGGACAUCAGCUGGAGGAUUGAUCUGAAGAGCCAAGGGAGACACCUUCAACAGAUCAACACACCUGUAGCUAUCGUGGAGAUGCAGGUAGAGAAACGAUCAUCUGAGAAUAAGGAAACAGAUGUUUUCCAGUUUGAAAUGGAUGAAUCCCAGCUCUCAAAUAUUCUCUCAAGUAUUGAUGAAAUUGAAAAGAAACUGACAAGUUAUGCCCAAUGAGUUUCACAUCUCUCUCUCUCAAUAAAAGGGUAGUGAUACUGAUAUAUAUUGACUCACCACGAAACAAAAAGUUCUUCAGGAAUGAUGAAUUGUAAAAGUCUCUGAAUGAUUACAUAGUUAGAUAGCUGUAUUAUGUGAAAAUUACACUGUAGUUGAGAAAUGAAGAGUAAUCAAGUUGAUAUAGUUUUUUAGUAGUAUUCAUCAAUUGCAUGGAAAAAAAUUCCAUGUCUCAAUCAAUAUUGUGAUAAUAAAAUGUUUUCUCUUCUCAUGUGGUGUCCCAGCACACUCACUCAGAGGAGAAAUAUGCUCCAUGAA